AUGGCUACUAGAGACUCUAAAGCCAUUACUAUACCUAUGUUUAUUGCAACAUUAACUCUAAUUUUGGUUGGUGGUUCAGUCCAAGGACUUCAAGAAAAAUAUAUGGAGUUUGAUAAACAACUCAGUCUUAUCAAUAAGCCUCCACUCAAGAGUUUUCAGACUCAUCAUGGUGAUAUUAUAGAUUGUAUUGAUAUCUACAAACAGCUUGCUUUUAACCAUCCAUUGCUCAAGAAUCACACCAUUCAGAUGAAGCCUCAAACUAUUCCAAAAGAGAAGAGAAGUAGAAAAGCUUCAAAUACACUCUACAAAUCUUCAAACUACAUGCCCAAGAACAUAAAGUGUCCAGUAGGAUCAGUGCCCAUCAAAAGGGCUACAAGGAAAGAUCUUUUAAUGGCAGAAUCUGUAAAGUCUAUGGGAUUAAACCACCAAACCAGAUCUAAUCAGCACAGUAAUAUGGUUGAUCCUAAAGGCCAUUAUUUUGCAGUGCUUCAGUAUAGAAACCAAGUUUAUGGCGCGUCAUCACGCAUAAAUAUAUGGCAACCGAAUAUUCUAGACGAUCAGUUUAGUAUUGGUACUACUUGGGUUGUAACUGGUCCUAAAGAGGAUACCAAUAGUAUACAAGCUGGAUGGGCAGUUCAUACACUUCUAUCUCCAAAUGAAGCCGUACUGUAUACCUAUUGGACUGGUGAUGGUUACCAAAGAACAGGCUGUUACAAUGUUCUUUGUCCAGGAUUUGUACAAGUUAGCACGGAAGUAGUCCUUGGCCAAGUUUUAACACCUUCAACUUACAACGGGGUUCAAAGCGAUAUGCAAAUCAGUAUAUAUCAGGAUCGCCCUACAGAGAAUUGGUGGCUGAUGUAUGAAGGCAAACAAGUUGGUUAUUGGCCAAAGGAAAUCAUACCAAGGUUGGUUGAUGGUGCAACUGUUGUGUCAUGGGGAGGACAGGUUUACAGCCCUGUAGGCAGGCCUACUCCUGCAAUGGGGAGUGGUGGGUUACCAGACCAAGGCUUUGGAAAAUCAGCUUUUAUAAUGAGGAUUAAAGUUGACAAAGAUUAUAACCAUCCCCAAUUUAUUGAUCCACAAAAAGAUGACCUUUCAAUUUUGACUACACAACCUAAAUGUUACAAUUCCCAAUUUGGUUACCAAGCAGCUGCAGCAUGGGGUUACUAUAGUUUCUUUGGGGGACCUGAGAAUUGUUUGUUUUGAAUGGAGUAAAAUACUCUUUAUUUAUUUGAUCAUCAUGAUUUUUUUCGCUUGUAGGAAUCAAUAAAUAGAAACUAUUUGAUACUAGAAUUUAUUAUACCUUUUUGGGUAGAUGAUAUGAGUUGAAAAAUGACAGAUUUUUUUGUAAGACAAUGGUUUGUGAGGAACUCAA